AAAAAAAAUCUAGAAAAAGGAAAAAUGGCAAACGCAGGGGAUGAAUUCAGGCUGGCGUCGUCAAACAUAAGCCAGGACGGGAGGCUGCCGCGGCAGUACUCGGCGGAGGGGCAAGGUGCGAAGAUGAACAUAUCGCCGCCGCUGGAAUGGUACAACUUGCCACAGGGUACCAAGAGCUUGGCUCUCACCGUACAAGACAUCGACGCGCCCGAACCGUCGGGACCGCUCGUGCCGUUCACGAUCUGGGUGGUUAUCAAUAUUCCUCCGACGGUGAAGGGGCUGCCGGAGGGAUUUUCCGGCAAGGAGGAGGAGAUGGGCGGCGAUUACGCCGGCAUCAAAGAGGGGCAUAAUGAUUUGAAGAAGGUUGGGUGGCAGGCUCCCAAGAUACCUGGCCCUGGUCAUCGGAUCGAGUUCAAGAUGUACGCUUUGGAUGACGUGUUGGGUCUUGGACACAAGGUGACUGCGGAUAAAGUGUUGGAAGCAAUUGAAGGGCACGUGCUGGGGGAGGCGGUUCUUAUAGCCAAUUUUUGAUUUUAUGCAUUAAUUUAGAUUGAAAUUUUUGGUUAUGUAUGUUGUGCAGUUGUGCUUUUUUAUGUUUUUUAUUUUUGUUUUUGUGGUGGUGUAGUUGGCUUGUAUAAUUGUAAUAAAACAGACAGCUCCUGAUAGUUUUGUAAUAUAAAUUUAAUGUUGUGAUUUGC